AUGUCGAUCGCAUUGGAUAGUAGUAGUGCCAGGAUCGACAUCGCGCCCUCGUCUGGGUUGGUCGCAUGUGGGUUGCUCUUCGAUUCGCCGGAAAAUUGCCGGAGAGUCCCCUCCGGCGAGGCUGCGGUUUCUUCGACGACGUCGUCGUCGAUCGGGAAUAACAGCGAUGAUGAGUCUGGGAGCGAUGCCGGCGAGAAUGAUGAGGCUCAAAGCUCGUAUAAAGGUCCUUUGGAUAUGAUGAACGCGUUGGAGGAGGUUUUACCUAUGAGGAGAGGGAUCUCAAAAUUCUAUAACUACAAAUCCAAGUCCUUCACGAGUCUGGCAGAGGCUUCAUCUUCUACCAACAUCAAAGACCUUGCAAAACCGGACAAUGCAUAUACCAGAAAACGCAGGAACCUACUGGCCUCCAAUAACAUGAUGGAGAAGAACCGAAGCUUUCCACUGAGAAGCAAUGGGGGUGGGAUUUCAAAGAGACCCAUCUCAACAAGUCGAAGCACAUUGGCUUUGGCUGUUAAAUUGAGCAGCUGCUCUGAAACCAGCACCAGUAGUACAAGUGAGGAUUCGAAUUCGAGCUCAACUUCGAUGUCACCGCGAGCUCUUCCGCCCUAUCAUCCAGUGGGAAAUUCCGCAGCUUGGAGGUCAUAUUCCUUGGCUGAUUUGCAAGAAUGUGCCACUUCUGCUGCAACUGUGAGUGCUUCUCGUUUUUCUACUACGAAACCAAAUAUGCAACACUAA